AUUUUUUGGAUUUUAACCAGUAUAAGAUUGCGUAAAUCUGAUAAUGGCACAAUUACCUCCAAAAGUGCCUAAUGUUAUGCACAAUGACUACCAUAAUCAACAAUGGGAAGGUUUUCUACAACAGGCUCAGAACCCACCAACACCAUGGGUGGACGAGUUCAUGGAGUUCUCGGCAGUCCGACGAGGGACUCAUCGGAGGACCAUGAGUGAUUCCUCCGUGACAUUUCUAGAGGCUGGGCCACCUGUGCCGUGUGUAAGCGGGUGCGGGUCAUUCCGCUUGCCGGAGGUUAAUGAUGGAUGUAAAAUAAAUAAUGACGAUCAAUAUGAUAGGUUUGAUGAUGAGCAAUUGAUCAUGUCUAUGUUUGGCUCAGAAUUAGGAAGGUAUCAUUCUAACCCGUCUUCGACUUCGGACCAUAACAGUACAAAUGAGGUACUGAUAACAACGACAACGAAAGAGGAUGAGAAGGAAGAGGAGGCCGAGAGCCCAAGUAAGUCGAAGAAUGCGAAAGGGAAAGGGCAAGGACAAGGUGUGGGUGAAGGGAGUCAUAACAAAGGUGGUAAUGUAGCUGCUGAAGUUGACCCAAAAAGGGUUAAGAGGAUAUUGGCAAACCGGCAAUCAGCACAACGGUCAAGGGUGAGGAAGCUACAAUACAUUUCCGAGCUCGAACGUAGUGUUACUGCUUUACAAAGUGAAGUUUCAGCAUUAUCACCACGGGUAGCAUUCCUGGAUCAUCAACGUAUGAUUCUAAAUGGCGAUAACAGCACUCUUAAAGCUAAAAUUGCAGCUCUUGCCCAGGAUAAGAUCUUCAAAGACGCUCAUCAAGAAGCGAUGAAGAGAGAAAUCGAGAGGCUGAGACAAGUAUAUUAUCAACAGAACAUAAGCAAAACGGAAAACAUCAUACGGCCACCUUCAUCGUCAUCAUUACAGCAAAUCAAUCCGUCACAACAAACUGACAACACGGUGCAUGAGAACAAGCAACUAAAUGGUUAACAAAAGAACAACUUACAGCCUUCUGGUGGAUUAUUGUACUUUAUAACUUUCCCAUGGUGGGAAAGAGAUUUUUGUGUCAGAAGCAUUCUUUGUACAUUAUAUUGUAGAGAUAAUUCUUUGGUUUCUCCUUGUAACACAGAUAUGAUUCUCAAACCCCAUUCCCACCCACAUAACUUAGUACGAAC